AUGGUCAAAACGGUAGUUAUAGUCGGUGCAGGGUUCACCGGUCUCCCUACCGCCCAUAAGCUCCUUAUAUACACCGCUUCUAAAGUUCCCGAGAAACUCAAAGUCGUCCUUGUUUCACCAAAUUCACACUUUUAUUGGAACCUCGCGGCCGUCAGGGGAGUUAUACCAGGCGCAAUACCCGACGAACAGCUCUUCAUUCCAAUUACCGACGCUUUUUCUCGAUAUCCCUCUGAGAACUUCGAAUUUAUUCUUGGAAAAGCUGAUAAUCUUCAGCCAGAGAAUAGCGUGGUUCGUGUUGUGGCCAACGAUGGUUCUACCCGCGAAAUCAUCUAUGACCAGCUUGUUAUAGCUACUGGAUCCAGUAUUCGUGGAAAUUUACCCUUCAAAUCCAUAGGGACCCAUGAGGAUACCAUUACUGCUCUACAUUCGCUGCAGAAAGAGAUUGAAAAUGCGGGGUCUAUUACUAUCGCCGGCGCUGGACCCACAGGUGUCGAAACAGCCGGAGAACUUGCCGCAGCUUACGGUGGCAAGAAGCAAAUUACUUUAAUUUGUGCCGGGGAUAAAGUUCUACACUCAUCCGAUGUUAUGUCUUCCGUCUCCCAAACUGUAGAAAACGACCUACAGAAGCUCGGCGUUAAGGUUAUCCACAAAACCAAAGUUGAGACGUCGACCAAGGAACCUAGCGGUCAAACGAAGCUUGUUCUAUCAAAUGGUGAAAUACUUACUACGGAUCUAUACCUACCUCUCUUUGGUCUCCAAAUCAAUACCGGAUGGCUGCCGCCAAGUUUUCUCGAUGCCGAGGGAAACGUCCAACUUGACUCAUACAUGCGCGUCACGGGUACCGCCAACAUCUGGGGAAUUGGUGAUGUUGGAAAUCUUGAGUCGAAGCAAGUGACAGCGACUGAUACCCAGAUCAUCGAUCUUGCGGAAAACCUAGAUUUUGUUUUGACGGGUCGGGAGUCGCAGAUUAAGGAGCAUAAGAUUGCGGACAAAAAGAUGAUAUUCAUAACACUAGGCAAAAGCUACGCUACAGGUCAAAUUUCGUGGUGGAAGGUUUGGGGCUGGUUGGUUGCUUACAUCAAGGGCAGGAAGAUAUUUGUUGAUUCUGCGCCUAAUUACGUUAAUGGGAAGGAGUUGAGGCAUAAACCGAUGUAG